ACCCAAUUCAUUUGCAAUUCCAUAUCGGCGAGGAGGAGAGCAUAAACAUCACUACAUCGACGCAGUCGACGAGUUCCGGAUAAAGGUCUGUGCACUGGAAACGCAAUACCGCCGUCGCCCUGUCAGGAAUCAUCUCAUUUGCGCCGUGAAUCCACCCAGCUCGAGCUGCAAUGUCAUCAGGAUCAGAUCAUCAAGCCACCGUCAUAGAUGGUAAAGCUAUUGCACAAACCAUUCGAUCUGAGAUUGCCUCGGAAAUAAAAGUCAUGUUGGAGAAGUAUGGCCAGGUGCCAGGGUUGGCAGUAGUCAUUGUAGGAAAUCGGAAAGAUUCUCAAAGCUAUGUGAAUAUGAAGAGAAAGUCUUGUGCUGAAGUUGGGAUUAAGUCCUUUGACAUCAACCUUCCAGAGGAUGUACCUGAAGCUGAAUUAAUUAGCAAGGUCCAUGAGCUGAAUGCUAAUCCCGAUGUGCAUGGUAUAUUGGUGCAGCUUCCGCUACCAAAACAUAUAAAUGAAGAAAAAGUAUUAGGCGAAAUCAGUCUGGAGAAGGAUGUAGAUGGCUUUCAUCCUCUAAACAUUGGCAAGCUUGCAAUGAAAGGCAGAGAUCCUUUGUUCCUUCCAUGCACCCCAAAGGGUUGCCUUGAACUUCUAUUCCGAAGUGGUGUUACCAUAAAAGGGAAGAAGGCAGUUGUGGUUGGUCGAAGCAACAUUGUUGGAUUGCCAGUUUCGUUGCUACUUCUGAAGGAAGAUGCAACUGUCACUAUAGUCCAUUCUCGCACUAAGGAUCCAGAGAGCUUCAUUCGCGAAGCAGACAUUGUUAUUGCAGCAGCAGGACAGCCAAUGAUGAUCAAAGGAAGCUGGAUUAAACCCGGAGCUGCUGUGAUUGAUGUUGGAACAAAUGCUGUAGACGAUCCAACUAAGAAAUCGGGUUAUAGGCUCGUGGGUGAUGUCGAUUUUCAGGAAGCGUCCAAGGUAGCUGGAUGCAUAACUCCAGUUCCUGGUGGCGUCGGGCCACUAACAGUCGCAAUGCUUCUGAAGAAUACAUUGGAUGGAGCUAAACGAGUUAUUGAGAAGUAGCCUUGUUGUUUUGUUGGAUUUUAAGGCACUGUCUAAGUUGAAGUUUAUGAGUUUAUCAACCUUUCCUUGAAGCUCAAUGAAUAAAACCUAUGGUUGGACAAAGUCUUAAAUGCCUACAUAGUAUAACUUUCUUCA